AAACGCAGUUCAAACGUCGUCAAGUGAACACAGCGAGCGGCUACGCUACGGCUUCGUUAUAUUAAAGGACCUGCUGUCCAGUCGCGUGUUAUGCAAAUGUGUUAACUUUAUAGCCCCAGUGUUGCACCAUAAUUGACAAAUUUAAAGCCACGCGCCAUGGCAGAUCGUUUUCAAAUCUCAAAAGUUAAUGGCAGUGCCAGUGUAAAUGCCGCCUUUGAUGCAGAGCCCGGCAUGGCCAACGGCGACAGUCAGACAAACAAUGGGCCAGCCACAAUUAACACGGAUGGCAAUCACGCCGCCCACGAUAAUCAUCUGCAGCCCAAGCCAGCCGAGGCGGGCGAAAAUCGACGCACCUCACGCCUAUCCUUUCGCGGCUUUGGCCAAUUCCUGCGUAAAUCGGAUGCCGAACGCAAGUUCAGUCUGGCGCAGCUCACAAAGGAAACGCUGCCGCGUUUGGACAACUAUCGCAUAUCUAUGCGCAAUUUGAAGCGUCCGUCCAUUGGUGAAUUGCAGGGCGAGGCAGCAGAUCAGAGCAUCACCAUACCCGAUGCCGCGGAACCGGAAGCAACCGGCGGCCACAUCAAGCUGGGCUGGAUUGUGGGCGUGCUCAUACCAUGCCUGCUCAACAUUUGGGGCGUUAUGCUGUUCCUGCGUCUCAGCUGGGUGGUGGCUGAGGCCGGUAUUUUGUGGUCCUUAAUUAUAAUCACCAUCUCGGCGGUGGUCUGUGUAAUUACGACGCUCUCGCUGUCGGCCAUUAGCACCAACGGCGAGGUUAAAGGUGGUGGCGUCUACUUUAUCAUCUCCCGAUCGCUGGGACCCGAGUUCGGCGCCUCGGUGGGCGUUGUGUUUGCCUUUGCCAAUGCGGUGUCCGCCUCAAUGAACACAAUUGGUUUCUGCGAAUCGCUCAAUGUCCUGCUGCGCACAUAUAAGGUGAAUAUAACUGGCAGUGAAAUCAAUGACAUACGCGUGGUGGGCUCCGUGACCAUAUUGGUGCUCAUCUUAAUCUGCUGCGUGGGCAUGGAGUGGGAGACCAAGGCGCAGAACUUUCUGAUUGUAACCAUUGUGCUGGCCAUAUUCAAUUUUCUCAUUGGCGCUGCCAUUGGACCGCGCGGCGAUGAAACUUUAAUAUCCAAAGGAUUUGUGGGCUUCUCAUUUGACACUUUCAAGGAGAACUUUGGCUCGGACUACAGAUACUCGGAGCGAGUGAAUCACGAUUUCUUCAGCGUGUUUGCCAUCUUCUUUCCCAGCGUAACGGGCAUACAGGCGGGCGCUAAUAUCUGUGGUGAUCUUAAAGACGCCGGCGCUGCCAUACCCAAGGGCACCUUCUGGUCACUGCUCAUCUCGAUGACGUCCUACGCGCUCUUUGUGCUCUUCGCUGGUGGCGCCGCAGUGCGUGACGCUUCUGGCAUACCCGCUGAUCUUGUCAAUGGCACCAUUGUGCCCUCCCAGCUGCCCUGCAUGCAGAACAACACUUGCCAGUGGGGUCUGUUUAACUCCUACGAAAUGAUGCAGGAAAUGUCGCUCUGGGGACCACUCAUCUAUGCCGGCUGCUUUGCGGCCACGCUGAGCACAGCGCUGACGAAUCUAUUGAGCGUGCCGCGUCUGGUGCAAGCUCUGGGCAUUGAUCAAAUCUAUCCCGGCUUGAUAUUCUUCUCCAAGCCUUAUGGCAAGCAUGGCGAACCUUAUCGCGGCUAUGUGCUAACCUUCUUCAUAUCCACGGGCUUUCUGCUCAUUGGCGAGCUGAAUCUGAUUGCGCCGCUCAUCUCCACCUUCUAUUUGGCCAGUUAUGCGCUCAUCAACUUUUGCACAUUCCAUGCGGCGUUUGUCAAGCCGCUGGGCUGGCGUCCUACCUUCAAGUACUACAACGCCUGGAUAAGUCUGUUUGGCUUCGCCAUGUGCGUGGCCAUUAUGUUCCUCAUCAACUAUGUGGCUGCCAUUAUUACCUUUGGCAUUAUCUUUACGCUCUAUCUGAUUGUCAUGUAUCGCAAGCCGGACGCCAACUGGGGCUCCACCACACAGGCGCAGCAGUAUAAGGCGGCGCUAACUGCGGUGCAUCGGCUGCAGAAUGUCUCCGAUCAUGUGAAGAACUAUCAUCCGCAGGUGCUGGUGCUGGCAGGUGAUCCCAAGGCGCGUCCGCCGCUCAUUGACUUUGGCUAUCUGCUCACCAAAAACAACUCGCUCAUGUUUGUGGGCAACAUUAUACCAGUGCGCGUGGGCUAUAAGAAUCGCCAGAAUCUCAUUAAGGAUGGCCAAAAGUUCUUGGACGCGCGCAAGAUGAAAGCUUUCUACAAUGUCAUCGAUGGCUUUAGCUUGGAGGAUGGCAUCAAUGCGCUCAUCAAGUCCACAGGCUUUGGUAAAAUGUCACCCAACAUUGUGCUGGUGGGCUACAAGCCCGACUGGAAUCGCUGCCGCAAGGAGGAGGUGGAGAGCUACUUUGCCAUAUUGCACAACGCCUUUUCGCAGCGCAUGGGCGUGGCCUUGCUGCGUCUGCCACAUGGCCUGGACUUCUCGGAGCUCAGCCCUGAGGUGAAUAUGCCACCAACUGGUCUGGGCCACAUGAACACAGCCAACGCACAAGGCUUCACCAAUGAGCUGAUGCCCGCAGCUAAUGCUGCCUCCGAGCUGCUGCACAUUGACUCCAACCUGAAUCUAGCCAGCAUGGACAAUCCCAGUCCCAAUGCUUCCUACACCAUGCCGCAGCCUGCGCCCAUGCCCAACAUGCAGCGCAGCUCACGCAGCUACAAGGUGAACAACAGCGAGGCAGCUGCCAUUACCUAUCACACCAAAGGCGGCUCCGAGGUCCCACAGAAUAUACUGGAUGCAGUCACUGUAUUCACACGCAAACAGCCCAAGGGCACCAUCGAUGUCUUCUGGCUCUACGACGAUGGCGGUCUUACCAUUCUGUUGCCAUAUAUUAUAUCAAUGCGUUCGCAUUGGCAAAACUGCAAGCUGCGCGUGUUCACCAUGUGCCAUGGCAAGGAUGAAGAGCAGGAGGAGAAGAGCAUGGCCAGUCUGCUAACCAAAUUCCGCAUCAAGUACUCAGAGCUCAUAAUGCUCAAGGGCGUCACGGAGCAGCCGCGUCACGACACAAUGUUGAAGCACAAGCGUCUGAUUGAGCCCUUCCGUCGCAGUGCACGCAAUGAGUUCGGCAUUACGGAUGAGGAGCUGCACAGCAUGGCGGAGAAGACGCAGCGCCAGCUGCGCAUACACGAGCUAGUCGUUAAGCAUUCGACCAAUGCCUCGCUGGUGGUCAUGUCGCUGCCCAUGCCGCGCAAGGAGGCAAUUUCCGCACCUCUCUACAUGUCCUGGCUGGAGAUGCUGACGUCAGACAUGAAAUGCCCAGUGGUCAUGGCUCGCGGCAAUCAAACGCCAGUGCUUACACUCUACUCUUAGAUCUAAGACAGUUUUCCAGUUUCGAGUACAAUUUAGUAUUAUUAGCUUGUAGGCGUUCAAGUUCCGCAAAGCCAAACUACUACACACAACUACAAACAACAACAAUUACUAUCCCCAAAUAUACAAGGAGAGUUAUAUCCAAGCAACUUGAU